AUGAAACAUCAAGAAGAUCAAUUAGAGAUUAUAGUAAACAAAGUAUUAGAUAAAGCAUCAAACUAUUUAUCUACAUUUACUAGAAAGGAUCUCAUUGUUUGUGGUUUAAUUACUGCUGUCUCUUUGGGUUUUGGUGUCAAUCAUCUUGAACCAUUAGCAAUAUCAAGACACUUUCUUGCAAAUCAAGAAUCAAUCAAUACGAUCAAAGGAUUGGAAAGAUGGAGUCGUAGAAACACAUUAGAGAUUGAUCCAGAGUCUAAACAAAAGAUAUCACUCUUGUUGCAUGCUACACGUAACAAUCAAGGAUUGGCACGUCAACUUGCAACCACCGAUAUAGUUGAAGACCUCAUUGCAAUCAUGUUAAACACACAAAAAACAAUGGAUAGAGCUAUUCAAUCUCAAGGUGGUCUCGACACUAAAGAAGUUGUUGUAUUUUAUAUCAAUAUCAUUACUGGUGUUGUUGGUUUUUGUACUGAAAUGUUAUCUUUUAUUUUAUUAGAAUUUAAAAAUGUAGAUGAAAUACCAAUGGAUAAAUUAAUUACAGUUAUAACCAAUCCAAACAUUUAUCCAUUAAAUGCCAAUUUGGCACAAUCAAUGACAGGUUUCAUUGAAAAGAAUGCAAAAGCUAGAAUGAUAUUGGCAAGUUAUCCACAAGUGCUUAGGGCAUUUGAACAAUUUAGAACAAACCAUAUCAUUCAAAUUGACUUGGCCAUUCGAUACUUGGCCAAUUCAGCCAUACAAUUGGAAGACUUUGAAGAAAUCUAUGGUUCCGACCAAGAGCUAAAGAAUUUUGUUUUGAAAAACAAGAGUAUUUGGUGUCGAAUCAUACCACGUCCCAUUCUAUCAAACAUCUAUCAACAAUUUGAUAUUGGAGGUAUACUAUUGGAUGUUGCCAUGUUUACAAGUGGUUACCAAUUGAAAUGGAUUCGAUCACCCGUUACAUUGGCACUCUGUAACCAACACAGCUUUGCAUUGCUGUCUGAUAAAAUUGCACAUUCCAUUGCAUACCGAUUUGCAAACUCUGGCUUUUUUGUCAUUUUCCCAGCCCUCCUAUUUUCUUCCUAUUAUCUAUCACUUUAUCUUUUAAAUGGUCGGUCCAUUAAACCUAUCUGUUUCUUUACCCUUGCCAAUUUUAUUACUACUCAAUAUUAUACAUUUAAAACUCAAUCAAAAGCUACUAAACAUUUACAAUCACCAAUGUUUAAAAGAUUUAUAGAUUCUGUUGAAAAAAAGGGAGGUGAAACACAAACACCAACACCAACGUUGACAACAAACGAGAUUAACUAA